AUGCAGUCGGGCACCCACGCGGUGCUCCCCUUCACCGCGGUGAACGGUCCCUGGACCACGGAGCGCCUGGCGAAGACGAUCCCGGCCUUCAUCUCUGCCCUGCUGAAGAAGCUCGGCAAAGCCUCUGGAGACGCAAAUCCGCUGCACGUCUUGGCAAAUAUCAGCUAUGGGCUGCAGACUCGCCAGGAGCUGGGCUGGCCACCCUUGCAGCGGUACCCUUUCUGCGGGCCGCCGGCCAAGGAGGACAAGCGCGCUGCAGCGAGUGCCGCCAAGGUCAUCGCCAAGCGUUUCGCAGAGUUUCGCGGCGAUCUCGUUGGCCCUUACAUUGGCCCUUACUUGGAAACAACGCUGUCUCGAGUUGCUGGUGGUGAGAAGAACCCUUCCAAGAUCAUGGCUCAGGCAGUUAGCUACGUCGAAACAUGCCUCGCCUGA